GGCUGGAAUGAUGGAAUUAUUCCAAAACAUCACCGUGUUUAGACUGUGUAGGAGACAAGCAUGCAAAUAUGCUGGAAAGUGUUAUUCGUCAAUUCCUUGGAUAGCAAUUAGUGGGAAUGCGGUUUCAACUAUUGUGCAACAGGUUCCCCGAUGCCGAAGUGAUUCUCUUGCCAUGAAAGCGGAUUAGAUUAUACCACACUCAACACUAGUGAGGCACACUAAGAUGAAAGAUAGCUAGCGAGUGGUGGUGCGGUAUAACAUAGUCUCUAACCGUGAUAAGAUUUCACGAUGUGUACCUCCGAUACGUCUUCUGGUCUUGACUGGAUGUUGUGCUCUACAAACAAAAACCGACGCAAUCAGUGCGAGCGCUCGUUUCUUCCGUUGAGGAACCGGCAAUCAUAAUUCGUAGAUAAGGUCCAAACAACCAGUCUACUACGAUCGUUCGUUCGGGAGGGGUAGCAUUUGUCAUAAUUAGAGGCACUGAUUAAACAAUCAAAGGAAGCCGUCGAUACGCAGAGGAACAGCAGCACUUGCCGUUGUGAUUGAUUCCUACCAGAAAAUCCAUCCAAAUCUCAACGAACCGGUGUGCUUGGUAACGCGAACCAAAGGCAAACGCAUCCACUACACGUAAUUUAAUUCCAUCGAGUACAAUGGCCUGUCCCUUCUAUAAGCUGCUGCUAUUCGUUGCCCUACUGAUACUUCAAGUGAUAGCCACCUGCAAAGCUACCCUAAUAACCAAUCACGAUGAGCAGGAUAACGAUGGCCGGUUGACCAUUAGUAGUAGUGUGGACUGGGAGGCGGCCUUCGAUCCACCUAAUCUUAACAUGGACAUGAGUACGGUGCGUAACGUAACCGUACGAAUCGAUCACAUUAAGCCGACGGAUUUGGACGACAUCCGCACGAUACAGUUGAGAAGCGAGCGGGAGCACGUGGCCUGGGUUGAGAACGGCACGAUUGUGAUAGAACCGCUCGUUGCAUCUACCGCGUACAAUGGAUCGUUUAACAUCGUUGCCAACUUUCUCGGACAAACGAAACUAUUCGUUGAGCUCGUUCGCAAAAACGGUUCCACUGAACGCAUCAAAUCGUCCACCCUGCCCGUAACCGUCAUCCGUCCCGAGCGCGUGAUCGAUCAUGUAUUUACCGGUUCGGUUAUCCUGCUAAUCUCGAUCCUGUACAUCAACUUUGGCGCAGCGUUGGACGUUGGAGCACUGAAGCAGAUCGCACGACGGCCCAUUGGCCCUGUGAUUGGGUUCGUCUGUCAAUUUGUAUUCAUGCCACUGCUAAGCUACGGACUGGGACAUUUGCUUUUCCCGGACAACUACGAACUGCAACUGGGUCUGUUCUUUACCGGGGUUUCACCGGCCGGUGGAGCGUCCAACAUCUGGACGGUGGCGUUGGGUGGAAAUCUCACACUUUCCAUUGCCAUGACCACUAUCAGCACGCUGGCUGCGUUCGGUAUGAUGCCGCUCUGGAUUUUCACCCUCGGUCGUACCAUCUUCCAGCGCGCAAAUCUUGUCGUACCGUACAUCCGAAUUGCCUAUACAGCCGUUGGCCUGAUUGUACCCAUCAGUGCCGGGCUGCUUAUACAGCGUUACUGUCCCCGGUUCAGCAGACUACUGGUGCGCAUCCUAAAGCCCAUGUCCGUGAUACUGAUCCUGUUCAUUGUCAUCUUUGCCAUCGUAACGAACCUGUACCUGUUUGAGCUGUUUUCCUGGCAAAUCAUCGUCGCCGGGCUGGGGCUACCGUGGAUCGGCUACUGUUUCGGAUUUCUGGCGAGUCACCUGAUGCGUUUACCUCUGGCCGAUUCACUGGCCAUCUCCGUCGAAACGGGCAUUCAGAACACCGGCAUCGCCAUCUUUCUGUUGCGCUUUGCCCUAGAGCAACCAGCCGCAGAUCUCACGACGGUGAUGCCCGUGUCGAACGCAAUCAUGACGCCGUUGCCGCUGCUCUUGCUUCUGAUCGGUCUACGACUUCACGCACGAACGAAGCGACGCGCUGAAAACAGUCUGAUACCGAAAACUGAGACGGACCCGGUAGUGGCAGCCUCCUAGCAGCACAGGAUACAACAUACGAUACAAUCUUUUCUGGUGGUGGUACAGGCGGAUUAGACUACUCACACUCUCACACGCAUAUUAGCUCAUAAUGUAGAAAGUGAUUUGUUUUUUUUUUUUUUUUGUUGUACAUCGAAAUACAAAUGAAGCCGUUUAUUCUAAACACUA